AUGGCUCAACUAAAUGUGGAACAGUGUCUGGAAGCACUAACACAAAUCAUAAUACAAAAUAACAAUGGAAACAAUUUCCGUGCGCGAAUUGAAAAAGAAAUCCGGUAUCUAAACGUAUUUACGGGUGACCCCGGUACACUCCCAUCUUUCGCCAGUUCCGUGAAUAAAAUCCUCGCGAAUCAUACCCAUAUUGAAAGACCAACCGUAUAUGAAGUUAUACAUGACACGAAGAUCCAGGGCGCAGCUAAGAACAUCCUGUAUGCAGAACCCCCAACUGACUGGAAUCAAUGUCUAGAGAAGCUAAGAAGACAUUUUCGCCCCUCGAAGGACGAACCCACCAUCACAAAAAAUAUUGGGUCACUUAGAGUAAGUUCGAUAUUAGAAUUAGAUAUAAGACUUAAAAAACUCACCGAAGAAAUAGCAGAAAUCGCGGCGUUUAGUGAAAACGGAGAAUCGAUAGUCUUAAUAUUUAAUAGUAUGCUUGUUCAAAAAGCUAAGGAGUUAGCAGCUGGCGCCUUAGCCCAUGCGUUAGCAGAUAGGUAUAGUAUAGGAGAAGUAAGAGAUAUAAUUAAUAAAUUUAUAGGCCAAGACCAGGGAAAUUUAAAACAAUAUUACAAUUAUAGAUCUGAUAUGAAUAGACAAGUCAGACCAAAUCAUUUUAGUAACAAUUCAAAUCCUAACAGCCAACGCAACUUCCAAACAAAUAACUUCCAUAACAACACAAACAAAUCUGGUCAACAUAAUCUGAAUAAUUCAGGUAUGCAUAGGAACAGGCACAACCAAAACAAUUUAAGCAAUAACCCUAACUCUAAUUACAACCCUAAUAACCCCAAUCGUUCCACGCAGGACAGAGGUUAUAAUCGAAGAAAUAAUUCAGGCAAUUUUAGAAGUCCAGGAGAACCUAUGGACACCCUCUCCGCCUCCUAUCAAAGACAAGUAAACUUGCAGGAUUCGGAUUUUCAGGGAACCAGCCUACAGGCCGAUUACCCUAUAUAA